UGUAUUUACUUGAAUAAACAUCCUUUGAUUACUUGUAACAAUUUUAUUUUUCUUUUUACAGUCUAGCUGAAGCUGACUCCAGAUCGUUCCUCUUUAGGCCCAGAGAUAAUAACAUUUUGGAUCCGUUGUGUAACGGUUGAAUUACAGCUAAACCAUGUGCAUGUGGGCGUGUAUAUUCAUAAAAUCGAACUUUAACAUAAAGACAUAAAAUUAUUUAGCUUUAUCAUUGUUCACUACCGCUGUGAUAUUUUUAGUAAAUCUGUGUUUCUCUACACCUUCUGGCACACCAACAUGCUGAAAGUACUUAGAUUAAAGUAACAUUUGUCUUCUCUGCCUUCUCCUAUCUCUUCCUGCUUCCUACUCGUUCUUCGUUGUUUCUUACUUUCCCCACCCCUUUUUCACCCAAUUUGCUUUGAAGAGAGGAAAUCUGCUCUUCUGCAAAAGCUGCAGCCGCCAUCUGUGGAUGAAGUUCUUCACUGUAUGGAGAAGGUGGCGGUGGGGGAGAGGAGGGUUUUUUGUUUUUUGCAACUCCGCAUCAUUUCCUUUCUCAUCACUUCUGCUGUUGUUGGCGUGUCAACCUGAACUGAGCUGUUUGUUCUCCUACAUUUAUCUUAUUCAUCUACUUAAUCUCUUCUAUGAUGGAUCUGAGCACCGUUGUGAUCAUCGUGGCUUUUUCUCUUGUGUCUGCAGUGAAUAGUCAGAACAACUCAACUACAAUCAGCCCCAGUACUCCUAGAGUCUGCUCCUGUACAACUCCAGCUCCCCCUACUCCCAACCCCAACCCCGACAUCAAAGUGGGCAUCCUCAAAGUCAAUUGGACAGAAGAAUGCAAAGGGACUGUCAAGCUGUAUUUUAGCUUCAACGACACUUCCCUGCCUGUCAGUUAUAGGUCAGAAGAACAAGUCUCCAAGAUUCUUAAAAAUGUUUGUAAGGACAGAAAAGGCUGUGAAGAUGAGUCAAAAAGAUUCUAUUCGGGUACCGAAGCGGACGAAUGCUACACGAUUCAUGCUAACGGAACUAGCAUAAAGUCCAAGUGCAAGACAAUCAUCAGAGUCAAGUGCAAAGUUGAGGAGCUCCCAGAUUUUGAGGGUCAGCUGGCGGCCUGUAAGGUGGUGAUAGCUUUGCUCAGCAUCGUCCUCCUGGUCCUUUUGUUAAUGCGCUUCACCAAACCCACCGUCAUGGCCCUGCAGAAGAGAUUAUCAGACAGGAGGCAACAUCACUGGGUCGGGCCCACACAAAGUCACAGUGUUUCCUACCAUCGAGGGAAAAGUGUCGCUAAGAACGAAGAUGAAGAGAAAAGAUUUUCAGCUCUGGAGCGUCUGACAGUCGGCGGCGGCAGCAGCCCGUCGUGUAACAGAAACUCCUACAACUACUAGCCUGCAGCAGGAUCCUCCAUCUUCAUAUCCACGAGUGUCUUUCUCUCCGUGUUGACGAUCUGUGUUCAAAUGUGAAGCUCCAGAUUGUACCAGUGUGUAGAAAAAACUGCCUACGCUUGUCAAAUGAAUUACCAUGAUUUGCAUCACACACAAACAUCAUUGUAACAUUAUAGUAUGAUUUUAUUCUGUCUGUAAAUUGGACCUGUUUGUCUUGUAAAGUACCUUGAGAUGAUAUUUGUUGUGGUGUUACACUGUACUAAUAAACUAAUAUGAAUUUAA